CACGUUUAUGUACAUCCCUUCUGACAACGCCUAAGCGAAGUGGCUUCCUUGCUCCUUCGUUCGCCCUCGGUUCGUGAGCCAACGUCCACGACUCCAGCGCGGCUAAUACCCCAACGAGAAUCUGCAACUUUAUGCCCUGGCUACGAACGCGGACACCUUCUUCUCCCUAUAUCUCGAGGAAGAAGAUAGGACGCAGAUACCUGAACUCCGAAGAAUGCGAACCUGCAGCGAUAAGUCAAGAGUACGUGUAUUGGUUUAGGGAGAAACCAUAUUAUCUUUUGGCUGAUGUGUGGCUCUAUGUGCAGCUCAAUGAAUACUUAGCAGCUGUUAUGCGAAAAACCAGUAAUAUUUCCCUAAUGUAAUGUGAACAGCAAUGGAAAGAUGUCGC